AUGGGAUAUGUUGAUAAAGGGUUUGUCGAAUUAACAAGCAAUGAUCAAUUAGACGACAUUGCAGUUAGGGCCGUGCUCAACGGUAUCGAAAAGAAUGUAACACAGGAGGGUAUAUCAGUCAAUAUUUUGAGCGCUGUAAUCGAUUUUCUUUGCGAAUCCACAGUUUUGAGCGACAACACCAAGUUGUAUGUUAUCGAGAAUUGGCUUCUCCCCAAUAAUUAUUAUGGUAACGACGUUGUUCGCUCGAUUUUGAAACAUUUGGGUGGUGAGGCUUUACCGACUCUUUUCAAGUUACGUCCACCAAAGACGGUGCAAGUCGCAUUGGUCAAAUGGCUGGUUCACGUAUAUCCGUUAGCGGCCCGGGAUGAGAUUUUCCGCGAGACUUACGAAGUUUGGUUCCAACUGUGGCAGUACGAUUUCUUGCAGAAAUGGAUUUCAUACAUACUUGUGUGGUCUACAAUUCCUGACUUCGUGAAACCCUGGAGGGUGCGUGUGGUUUUAGAUAUAGCAACGAAAUCGGGAUACACAAACGCAAGAGCUUUGGGUACACUUUUAUUGCGAAGAUAUGACGCGUUGAAAUCUCAUAAGCUUAUUCAAGAGGCCAUCGAGACCAUCAAUUGCAACAAAAGGCGUUUACGGACAAGUUCUAACGAGUUCAUUAACCAGGACUUUUGUGGCUCAGUAGGUUCAGUGCUCGAUCUAAAUGGUCGUUUUAAUGGUAGCGCUUACAAUAGUACCAUGCAGGACUUGCUGAGCCUUUUGAGUUCCACUACAAAAAUCGAUACCCCAGACGUUGAUGUCAAUGACUUGAGUGAGAUUGACACGGUUUACAAAUUGAGCAAACUUAUCGAGAAAGAUAGAUCUGUGACGGAUUUAGAAGCAUUGAUACAAAACUCGAAUAUGCCAAAUAUGCUUUUCAUGACGCUGUUAGAAGAAGAACAUCACUUGUGGAAGCAAAUUAACGCUUUAUUCAGUCUAAAAAUGAGAUUUCUUUCCCCGCAGGAGGACCACAACGAUAAAAGAGUCAAAAUUCUCAAAUCUCUUAGAGAUUUUUGUCAGAUUCGCACAUCUGCGCUUCAAGUUGCUGAAGAGGCUGUCUUCGGGCAUUUGGGGUCUAUUCCAGCGAGCAUUUCCUCUCGUAAUUCUACGAGUUUGGAGCUUUUAACGAAGCCCACCCGAUUCAAACUAUAUCGUCGAUGGUUUAUGAAUGGAAUUAUAUGUGCACGGAAGGCUCGACAACCAUUGAAAGUUUUCAAUAGCGGUUUGCAAAAGCUUCUCUUCGCUAUCAAUUUUUGGUCGGCCAGUGAAUCAGGCAAAUUUGCUAUUCAUGAGUCUACACUCGAAGUUUUGGUAAACCUACAAAUCUCGGAACUCAGGCUAAACGGCCACCUGUUCUGUGAUGAUAAUACCUUGCGCUUAAUUUUGAGAACAAUGAAUUUAACAUUAGUUCGCGUCUUAGAGCCGAAUUGGGAACAUGUUAUGCACUUUACCAAAGUUUUCAUUCCUCGCUGUUUUUUAAGUGGAGACCCUGUUGCAACCGGUUUUUCUUUAUUGUUUCUGCUAAAGUGUCAGCAGGCUUGUCAAAAUUGGACAGUGCCUUCCUUUUUUAAUGCCAUGCUCCGUCAACAUACCGAAGAUUGUGCAAAUUAUCUUUGGAAUACAGGCAAAACUCGUAAGCGUUCUCUCUUCGCUAUUCCUGUGAGUUUCAUUCGGAAUUUCGAUGCCCGAUUUGAAAGACUUCAAGAAACAGCUUCACGUCAUAUAUGGUUGGGAAUUACUAAUGUUCCCUCGACGUCCUUUAGUUCUUUUCUGGUUCUGAGAAGAGCUGAACAGGCUACCCACUGUAAGAAAUGCUUUACAGGCCCUUUCACCUCACAAGCUUUCAAACGGUUUCGCAGGAAAACAGAUGGGCACUUGUGGAUGAAAAAUAUUGACACUUUCUUGAAACUGCAAAUUUUCCUUCUAAGCCUAAUGCAAAAUGAUCCGAUCCUAUAUCCUUUUUACUUAUUUCUGGUUGACAAUGAAAGGGGUCUAUCGCUUGACGUUUUGAAAAUUUCAGCCAAUUGA